UAAAUGAGUAAUGGGCAGAGAUUAUAUAAACAAUCAAAAGUUCUUGAUAAAAUAUACAAUAGUUGUUGUACAUGUGUUACCCUGUCAGCAAAUAAUAAGCCACUGACCCAACUAAUUACAGUAUUAAAUACAUAUAAUCACACUUCUCACUGACUCUCUUAUGAUCUCUUUCAAGACUGUCUACAUUUCAUCUGAUUUUCAGCUCUGGUUGUAACAAAAGAACAACAAGAAGUCUGAAGAUGAGCUUGGUGAGUAACAUGAGUACUAGUACUAGGAAGCUGAUUUACAAAGACCCAAAUGCUCCAACUGAAGAAAGAAUCAUAGACCUUAUGUCCCAGAUGACACUUAAAGAAAAGAUUGGUCAGAUGACUCAAAUUGAAAGAUCUGUUGCUACCCCUUCUGCCAUUACUGACUUGUCCAUUGGUAGUAUACUUAGUGGUGGUGGUAGUAAGCCAUUUGAGAAAGCGAAUUCGGCGGAUUGGGCAGAUAUGGUGGAUGGGUUUCAGAAGGCUGCAUUGGAUUCCAGACUGGGGAUUCCUUUGUUUUACGGGUCUGAUGCUGUUCAUGGGAACAAUAAUGUUUAUGGUGCAACUGUUUUUCCGCAUAAUAUUGGCCUUGGAGCUACUAGAGAUGCAGAUUUAGCACGGAGGAUUGGAGUUGCGACAGCUCUUGAAGUUAGAGCAAGUGGUGUUCAAUAUGCUUUUUCUCCAUGUAUUGCUGUAUGCAGAGAUCCUAGAUGGGGAAGAAGCUAUGAGAGUUAUGGUGAGGACACAGAAAUUGUUAGAAAGAUGACUUCCAUAUUAUUGGGUUUGCAAGGGGAGCCACCACAAGGACAUGAAAAUGGCUAUCCUUUUGUAGCUGGAAGAAACAAUGUAAUUGCAUGUGCGAAACACUUUGUUGGUGAUGGGGGCACUGAUAAAGGUAAAAAUGAGGGGGAUACUAUAGUAUCAUAUGAUGAUCUGAAGAGGAUCCAUAUGCCAGCGUACCUGGAUUGCAUUGCGCAGGGAGUUUGCACAGUCAUGGCAUCCUAUUCGAGUUGGAAUGGGAAGAAACUACACACUGACCGUUUCCUGCUAACUGAAGUUUUGAAAGGCCAGCUGGGAUUUAAGGGUAUUGUAAUUACUGAUUGGGAAGCACUUGACAGACUUGCUAAUCCCCAUGGCUCAAAUUACCGACAAUGUGUGUUAUCAACUGUCAGUGCAGGAGUUGACAUGGUGAUGGUGCCUUUCAGAUAUCAAUUGUUUAUAGAUGAUUUAUUAUCUCUGGUGGAAUCGGGGGAGAUACCAAUGUCCAGAAUUGAUGAUGCUGUUGAAAGAAUCCUGAGAGUCAAAUUUGUUGCUGGACUAUUUGAAUAUCCCUACUCUGAUAGAUCAUUGCUAGAUAUCGUAGGAUGCAAGACGCAUCGAGAACUAGCACGGGAAGCAGUACGCAAAUCCUUGGUUCUUCUAAAGAAUGGGAAGGAUCCAAAAAAGCCCUUUCUUCCGCUAGAUAAGAAUGCCCAAAAAAUUCUUGUUGUUGGAAAGCAUGCUGAUGAUCUUGGAUAUCAGUGCGGAGGGUGGACGGCUACGUGGGAAGGAACUAGUGGCAGAAUUACCAUUGGGACAACCAUUUUGGAUGCUAUCAGAGAGGCAGUGGGAGAAGAAACAGAGGUAGUAUACGAGGAAAAUCCAACCGCAGAUACAUUUGCUGAACAAAACUUCUCUUUUGCAAUAGUUGCUGUAGGAGAAGCUCCAUACGUGGAAACGGGAGGGGAUAACCUUGAGCUCACAAUCCCCUUUAAUGGAUCAGAAAUUAUAAGCUCAGUUGCAGACAAGGUACCCACAGUAGCAAUAUUAAUCUCUGGACGGCCUUUGGUCCUCUAUCCGUGGCUUCUAGAGAAAGUAGAUGCUCUAGUUGCUGCUUGGCUACCCGGCAGUGAAGGCAAUGGUAUUACCGAUGUUAUCUUUGGAGAUUAUGAAUUCCAAGGAAAACUCCCGAUUACAUGGUUUCGAAAUGCUGAUCAAUUGCCAAUGCAUCAUGAAAUGAAAUCCUGUGAGCCUUUGUUUCCCUUGGGUUUUGGGCUAACAACCAACAAGAAAGUGUAGUAGUGCUAGCAGAACAUCUAUCUGUAUCUUUUUACAUGUAUGUUCAACUCUAUUAUACAACUUUACAUUCUGCUAUUAUUAUUUUCUUUCUGCAAGUCGUUUAAUUAGCAGAUAUUCGGAUUCAGUAAUGUUUACGCAUCAAUGGUCUUGAAAUCAAGAAACUGUUGUACCUGAUUCAUGUAUAACUUUGUAAGUAAACUUGCGGUAAAUUCAAUUUUCAAGCAGUUUCGUUUCUACCAAA